AUGGGUCAUACGGCAUUAGAAGUAUCUGCCAAUAAUCUUUCAGGUGGGAUUCCAGAAUUUCUUGUGAACUUUAGAGUAUUAAACUAUUUAAAUAUUUCUUUCAAUAAUUUCGAGGGAGUGAUACCAAGUGAAGGGGUCUUUAAGAAUGCAAGUGCUAUAUUUGUUGAAGGAAACAAUAAUCUUUGUGGAGGCAACCGAGAGUUAAACUUGUCCAAAUGUUCAGGAAGCUUUGGUUCUGUAUACAAAGGAAUUCUUAGAGGGGGUGGACCAACUGUUGCAAUAAAAGUGCUUGAUCUUCUGAAUUAUGGAGCUUCGAGGAGUUUCUUGGUUGAAUGUGAGGUCGAUCGAAACCUUGUCAAGGUAUUGACAUCGGUUUCAAGUGUCGAUUACGAAGGCAAUGAUUUUAAAGCUUUGGUUUAUGAGUUCAUGGAAAAUGGAAGCUUGGAGAAUUGGUUACAUCCAUCUAUUGACAUGAAUGAAUCAGAGACGACGAGCAAGAUGAGCUUCCUCCAAAGAGUUAAUUUGGCCAUUGAUGUUGCUCAUGUACUGGAUUAUCUGCACAAUGACGUAUUCAACUCUACUAAUCAAUCAAGAUCAAUUGGAUUGAGCGAAACAACUGGUUAUGCUCCACCAGAAUAUGGCAUGGGAAGCAAGUUGUUGACAAGAGGCGAUGUGUAUAGCUAUGGCGUCCUCUUGCUAGAGAUGGCAGCUAUUCCCCAUAAAGUGAUUGAGAUUGUAGAUCCCAUUCUUCUUCAAGAGAUACUUAGAGACGAAACACUUGUAGGAAUCACUCUCAAUGGAAACAACAUCGGAAAUGACAUACAACUUCAGUGUUUGAAUUCGAAAUUUGAAAUAGGACUUAUUUGUUCUGCUGAUUCACUAAGGGAGAGGAUGGAUAUGAGUGAUGUUGUUUCCAAGCUUUGUUCUAUUAGAGACAAGCUUCCUGCUGAACUUCAUGUGCUGCUCAAUAAGCAGGGAUAUAAUAAAGUCUUCUUAUGCUGA